GCAAACACUGUUGACGCUCGGUCGUGGAUGAUGUGGCUUUGUCUUGUGUUCUUGGUUUUGGUGCAACAAGGGCUAUGCCAAGCGUUUGAUACCGCUGCUUUCACCUCCAGAGAUUCAACAGAAGGUGGCCAGAGAGCAUUAUGUCUUCCUUUCGUCAAACUUCUUUGCUUCUGUUGGUGGGCGUUGGCGCCUUUUCAAUGCUCUUCUUUGAACACGCAGUCCUGCCUCAUUUCUCAUACAUGGUAGUUGAUGACAGCAGGGCUGUCUCGUUCAGGUCCAGCCCCAGUCCUGGUAAAACCUUAGUGUACAGAUUCAACGGAAGAGAGAUGCAACAGCUUCACGAGUUCUGCACUUGGACUGUCCACGUUGACUGUGUUCCUCUGAAGACACCGUCGGGAGAGACGCCGAUCCAUAUACACGACAUCGUGGCUGAUAAGUGGGUGUCUAAGGACCUAAAACAGAAGGGGGCGUGGGAACCUGGAAACAUCAACCUCGUUUUGUCAGAAUUAAAAAAAGACCCUGAACUUGGCUUCAUGGAUUUAGGAUCUCAUGUCGGCGCCUUCUCCCUGUCAGUGGCCAAGUUCGGGAGGAAGGUGGUAUCUGUGGAUCCGCUCAUAGAGAAUGUCCAGAGACUGUGUAAGUCCAUUCAGAAAGGUGGCUUCACAGACAGGAUGACCAUCAUAUUCAAUCCCCUUGGAGCAAACCACUCCUUCGUGAAUUUCAAGCCUGAUGUUGGCAACGUUGGAGGGACAAGCGUUGUGGCAUCGUCUGGGUCUUCUUCUAAAUCCCCCUGUGAGGAAUCCGCUGACUCGUAUACGAUCACCCUAGACGAUACAUUACCCUAUCUGCCAUUCAAGAAGGCCGUUUUAAAAAUGGACAUACAAGAGUAUGAAUAUUUUGUUCUCAGAGGUUCAAAAAGGUUUUUCAAAGAGAUAGAAGUUCCUGCAAUUCUGAUGGAAUGGGUACUUAUGAAAGCAGACAUUAAUGGGAAAAACCUGGUAGAUUUGUUAUUAGGAUUGCAGUAUUCUGCAUAUGCACCAAGUAUCGGGGGUCAGAAAUUAGACCCAAAUCAGUACAAAAGCUGGCCAUAUGACGUAAUAUGGAAGAAGUAGGAACAUUUCUUUUCUCAAAUUAUUAGCGCAGAAAAUAACACACUGUCAUAUUUUGUAUAAUAUUCGACUUGUUCUGAGACAAUAACAUUUUGAAUUAGUGUAAAUAUAUAGUGCUUUUGGGGGAUAUAGAACUGCCGCAGGUAUUCAUAUCCACUACAUAUCAAUAUAAAAUGGUAUUCACUUACAACAUAUCCGUAGCUACACAUCACAUAUUCUUUGGUUUACUGGCAUGCUGACGUAUCUACCAGUUUCUCCUUUAGACGAUGUGAGCCACAUCGUAGCCUUGCCAAAGCUGCACGAAACUUAUUUAUAGCGAUACAGCCAAUAUAUAUAUGAAUGGUUCAACGCCAUUGAGGGUGCAAUCGGUGUCUGAUACGUAGUUUAAAUUUAGAAGAGAUUUCCUAUGAUUAUUGAAUUUUUUUCGUCUCUUUUAUUUACUUGAAUGUUACUAAAAAGUAAGUCAUAACAAUAAUAAUCUGAGGGGCUCGGAAUAUGCAUCGAGAUUAGAUAUGUUUUUCAGCUACAGGUACAAAACAAUUUAUAUAUCUUUAACUUUGAGCCUGAAUUUCUGUUUGAAGAAAAUCACCUUGCAACAAUGUAAUUUUUGUGAUAGGGAAUUUUUAUUUUUAUUCAAAUUGUCUAAAGCAUUUCAAGAAAUUUAAGGGGCAAUUUUUGUUUAUAAAAUCACAGCAAAUUAUCGAAUACAAAACGCCAACGCCAGAAAAUAAUCAGUGUCGGUUAUCUGCCGAGACACAUUCCAUUGGAUCUGAAGGACAAAAUAGGGGGUUGAGAUUAUAUGAAGGGAUCACUGAAAAUCACUGCAGUAGACAACCUCAUUUUAUAUUUUGUCAUUACAUACUUACCACUGUAACCCAAAUGUUCAUUUGUAAAUGGGACAAAAAGUGUUCAAUAAAUAUAAUUUCGAAACAAACCACCAAUUGUGAGGACAAAUCUCUUCCAGAUUUAUCACCUUAUUUCAAGCAUAUUUGUUCAAUGUGUUUAUUGAUAGCAUUAUUAAUAAGGCAUGAUAAGCGAGGUCAGGACACUAAUGGAAUUAAGGU